GGCGAGCGACUGGCUUCAGCACGGCACGGCCAAGAUCAGGAACAUAAAACUGCAUUAUGUCACUGCGGGUAGAAGCACAAGACGCAUGAUCCUGUUUCUACAUGGUUUCCCGGAAUUCUGGUAUUCGUGGAAACAGCAAAUGAGGGAGUUUUCCAGCACAGAAUGGGUGGUGGCCUUGGACCUGCCCGGAUACGGGGACUCGGAAGGCCCCGUCCGCGCCGACGCCUACACCGUCGACGCUCUGGUGUCGCUCGUUCAGGAGUUUAUCUCCUUGCUAGGUCGAGAUCAGUGCGUUUUAGUGGGGAGCGACUAUGGCGCCCUCAUCGGCUGGCAUCUACUACAGAGAUCACCGCAGACGUUCAGCCACUUCGUAUCAAUAUCACAGCCCCUGCCGAACAUCAUGCUAGAUAUUCUGGAUAAAUCGGUUCAUCACAAGCUCAAACAAUGGCGGUGUUACCUGUACCAGCUGCCCUGGCUGCCCGAGUACCUGAUCGCCGGUGGUGACCUGGACAUCCUCUGCGCCGAGUAUGGAGACGCGCAGAGGCGGGGUCGGAUCUCGCCGGAAGACAUGCAGGCGUACCUGUUCGCCUUCUCCCGAACAGAGGACUGGCGGGGGCCGCUGAGCCACCAGCGUCAGCUGUUCGCGGCCUGCAACUGGGCGAGUCCGCCGGACCGGCUGGCCGUGCCGACCCUGCUGGUGUCGGGCGGCCGCGACCGCUCGUUGCCCGUGGACGCCAUGUACCGCUGCCUGCCGCACCUGGUCGACUGCCGCAUACAGAUGGUGACAGACGCCGGGCGGCAUGUGCAGGUGGAGCAGCCCGCGCAGGUUAACAACCUCAUCAGAGAUUUCAUUGGAGUGUUGCCAGACGAGCCGGAGCGGCAGCUGGCAGCGGCCGACGAGAGUGGCCCGGGCCGCUCGCUGCUGGGCCGGGCGCUAGAGGGAGGCCAGGGCUGGCUGGGCGCCGGCAACGCCCUCUACAACCGCACCGUCGAGCGCAUCAACACGGCGGCGGCCCUCGGCGAGCGGUACACACGCACCGUGAUGAUGCUGCAGGACUGA